CCCCCCAAUCCGGGUCUACUUUGUACCUUCCUCGCCCUGACUCCGGAGCCUGGCCAAGCCGAGCCGGGCCAGACCAGACCCGAGGGCGAUGCGGCUUCUGCCUCUGCUGCGGACAGUCCUCUGGGCCUCGCUCCUCGGGUCCCCGCUCCGGGGGGGGUCCAGCCUCCGCCACGCCGUCUAUUGGAACUCCAGUAACCCCAGAUUGCUUCGAGGAGACGCAGCAGUGGAACUGGGCCUCAAUGAUUAUCUGGACAUCUUCUGUCCACACUAUGAUGGGCCAGGGCCACCUGAGGGCCCUGAGACUUUUGCUCUUUUCAUGGUGGACUUGGCUGGCUAUCAGACAUGCCAAGCUGGGGGCAAAGGAGCCUUCAAGCGCUGGGAAUGCUCCCGUCCCUUUGCUCCUUUUGGCCCAGUCCGAUUUUCAGAGAAAAUCCAGCGCUUCACACCAUUCUCAUUGGGUUUUGAGUUCCUGCCGGGAGAAACCUACUACUAUAUCUCUGUCCCAAUCCCAGAAAGCUCUGGCCAGUGUCUGAGGCUGCAGGUGUCAGUGUGUUGCAAAGAAACCACCGAAAUGCCGACCACUGCACCUCCUUUUGUGCUGCGUCAAGGGAAUGGGGUCUCCAGGGAGUCCUUGGGUCCAGGUGGGGGCAGCACGCCGGCAUGGCAAGGAGGCCGGGCCCCAAGUCCCCUCUGCCUCCUCCUCUUGCUGCUGUUGCCACUUCUGCGCCUCCUUCGGGGACUCUGAGCCUAGUCCUGACCCCAUCCCACCCUUGGCCAUCACCGCCAGGUCUAGCCUCUCUGUGCAUACCCUUGACCACUGACUUCAGCCUGAAGGCAUGGCUCCAGCUGUCUGGAAAAGGAUGAGGGGGACAGUGCUUAGGGGAUAGGGAGGUAUUGGCAGGGUUCAAAGAAUCCAGGAUGAGUGCUCUUGGUGUGGAGCGUUGCAGGAGUUUUUCCUCUGAUCUUUGGAGAAUAGGGUCAGAGUUAGCUGGGGCUAUCCCUACAAUUUUUGAGUGCAUGGACUGAUACCUGGACAAAUACCGAAACUGGACCAAUUCUUGGAUUCACAUUAAGGUGAACACUAUCACUUCCAACAGCCUGCACCUGGCCAUGGUCCCCUUCUCUCUUCAGACUGGAAUAUUUUUUUCUGGAAAAUAAACCAAACUCCAAUCCUGGAGAAGGGGAAUGAAACACCUAGGUCCCCUGGGGGCUUCAAGACUUCUACUAGUCUGGGAGUAAGUCAAUUCCCCCCUUACCCUGGUCAACCAGCCCACUGAUCCUCCAGGUGCUCCCCAGGACUGUACUUUGUUCUCCGCCUGAGAACUCUUUUGUGUCUUCUGGGAAGACGGACUUGAUAUGAGAUUGAUUUUCAUUUAUUUGUAUUUUUAUAAGUAUCUGAACUCAACCUUCAAUAAACUAGCCCCCUCCCU